GCAGCAGCAGGUGGAGCGAGCUCGGAGGCGGGCGCGGCUCCCGGCCUGAGACCCGCCGCUGCGGCCCCCGGGGAGCAGGCAGGCCCGCGGGGCCCGGAGCCCUGUGCGCCCGGUCCACCCUGGUUGCCGGGAAGGUCGGGUCGCCGCGCGGGGCUCCCGCGCCUGCGACCCCCGCAAGACCUGUGCUCGCGGGAGGGAGCGCCGGCGGCUCUGGGAUCUGGGAGGAGCUCGCGGGGAGGCGCGGGAGGGUCCCGGGUGGCGCUCCCGCCUCUCCUCGGACUCCGGCGCGGGAAGCCGCGGCUCUUCGGGCGCUGGAGCUGGUCGCGCGGCCCUCGCCGGGUUUGCCUCGGAGGCUCUCUGGCUGCACUGGUCUGCACGAGUUUUCUACUGACUGGUUUCCUCGAUUUGGGGACUGUUCCCGCCAGCGACGCCGGAGCACCGGGCCGUGAGUCCGCGGGCGGGCGGACUGGCGUCCCCCCCGCCGCAGCUUCGGGAUCCCGGCGCUGACCGCCGCCCCUGACCCUCGAGGCUCCCCUGCUGGCCUGCCUCCUCCCAGCCUCCCGCCUCGACGCAAGGGACCUAGCCUGCCCCUCUAGGAGGGAGGGCGGUCCUCAAGUGGCGCUGGCCUCCGAGGACCUUCUUGGUGUGCGGCGGGACUGGGGUGUGCUCGGCCCCGCCGCUGGCCAUGGCCUUCACUUUCGCUGCUUUCUGCUACAUGCUGUCCCUGGUGCUGUGCGCCGCGCUCAUCUUCUUCGCCAUCUGGCACAUCAUUGCCUUCGAUGAGUUAAGGACGGAUUUUAAGAGCCCCAUAGACCAGUGUAACCCCGUUCACGCGAGGGAACGGCUGAGGAACAUCGAGCGCAUCUGCUUCCUCCUGAGAAAGCUGGUGCUUCCGGAAUAUUCCAUCCACAGCCUCUUCUGCAUCAUGUUCCUGUGUGCUCAGGAGUGGCUCACCCUGGGGCUGAACAUCCCUCUACUUUUCUAUCACUUCUGGCGGUACUUCCACUGUCCGGCUGACAGCUCAGAGCUUGCCUAUGACCCCCCGGCGGUCAUGAACGCGGACACCUUGAGCUACUGUCAGAAGGAGGCCUGGUGUAAAUUGGCGUUCUAUCUGCUGUCCUUCUUCUACUACCUUUACUGCAUGAUCUACACGCUAGUGAGCUCUUAACUCAGACCACGCACGUCCUCCAAGGCUGAGUUCACGGGUGCCAGGCCCAGAUGGGGACGCGUGAGAGACAACUGUGGACUGUGGGCUCCUGCAGCAGCGGUGGGCCAAGCUUACCGAGUGCCGGGAUCGCUGCCCAGCCUGUGCUCGGGUCGCGAUCUCUUCUGGGCCAUGGGACCUCUCCUGGGCAAGGACUGCCGCCUCCUGAGUGCAUGCCCCUCUCCGACAGCUCCGUGCCAUGCACACAGAGCCCCAAGACCACGGGAGGGGCAGCUGGCAGGCUGCAUGGGGCCUGCCCAGAACAGAAUGACCCAGGAUCCAGGCCGAGUAUGUGGGACCCGCUGAGCCUUGAGGGUGUCGUGGGCUGUCUGAGCCUCUCGUGUUUCUUCUGACCGCUGGCCAUGCCCCGUGCUUCCGUGGGACAGCCUGGAGGGUGCACGGAUUUGCCUCUGGCUCCAACCGUCCCUGAGCCCGCAGGCUGUCUAUUUCCACGCUCUGCCACGAGAGAGCCAGCUUGGCCAUGCCAGGAAUGCAGCUUGGGGCUGUACGUCAGUCAUGAGUUCUCUCCAAAGCCAAGGGAAGGUGGGAAUCCGAGGGAAGAACGAUUGUGUAAAGCAUUCACAGGUUCCAAGUACUAGCUCUUGGCCCCCACAAACGGUACUCUUCAGCCGUCAGUCCAAAAGCAUCACGGAACCCAUGAAUGCCGAUGGAUGGCUCCCCCGUGUCCAGCUGCCUUGUGUCAAGGACCCCGAGCAGCCACAUGUCCCGAAAAUGCGGCAGCGCCUGCUUUGUGGCUGCACGGCUGGCGGCCGGGAAGUGACUCCGCAGUCACGUGCUGCUUCCUCAUUCCUUCUGUUUGCUCCACGUGGGGACAUCCGCUGGUUGAGAAUUUUCCAUUCGACAUUUCCCCCUCUUUGGGUGGGAGUUGUUCUCGAGCGUUGUAAAUAAUGACAAGGCUGAGAUGUUUGAUGUUUAAAUUGGGCACAAUGAUUUCCACCUUGUUCCCCGACCCUGCUUUCCUUUCUUCUGUUUGACACGUACAGGCUAUUUAUACCUGCACCCAGCUCCCGUCCGAGGCCUGUGACUCAGGUUUAUGAAUGGUGUUUGUGUGACGCGUCGUGCGUUAUGUUUGAGACGCGGUGGCAGCUUGGGCGUCCCAUCCGCCUACCUGGCUGGUCUUGUUUACACCCCGAUACAGGCUGCAUUGGGCUCUGUGAGCUUGGUGCAUUAGGAAAAAAGUUUCCAAAAGGUGUUUUGCUUCUAAAAAUUGUACAGAGAACAAAACACAGAUUUUUUGCUCUGAGCCUGAAGCUUUAAAACCAGGAGAUUCCGGGUGGUGUUUUGGGGAGCAGAGCCCCUUUGUCUAGGCUGGGUAGCUGGAGGGUUGGCUGGCCCCAUUUCUGAACCCAUUCCUGAGAAGACAGGCUGCUGGAGGGCGUGACCCACCACACUUCUCACCCCGGAGUGUCUUGUUUGCUUUCCUAAUUUGCCUCCUUCCAGAAAGAUGCCAUGGGGCUCAUAGCAGCAGACACAAGUACACAGAAAUCAUUAAAAUGGAAGUAGGGAAUUUGGACCCAUAAAGAGGAUGCACCGACUUCCCAAGGUUCUGAUUCCUGAGACCGAACCUUGAAUGUUGCCUUCUCUUUGCAGUAAAAGGUAGUCCACGUUUGCCUAGAACAUCACCUUCUAUAGGUUCCUUUUGCUUCCUGUUUGACCUUCCUCACAGUCCUAGGAGGUCAAUAGUUUCCUUUUUCCCGUUGUCUAAGUGAGGAAGCAGAAGCUCAGAGAGGGUAAGCAACUUACCUGUAGUCACACAGCAGCCACAGACCUGCCUUUACACCCAGGUCAUCCAACUUCAAAGACCCUGUGUCCUUUCCAUCCCCUGAAAGCCAGCGAGUGAAGUAGCUUAGGCUCCUGGGAUGGUUUGCUGAGCAUAAAAAUUUUCGAAAUAGGGAGACUUAAAGAUGUAGAGUUAUAGGCAAAGUGCCGGGUUUUCUUCUCCUCCUGCGUGAGCCUCAGCCUUGCUUUAUCGUGGCGGGUUCUUCCCUAAGGGGGUCCUCUGAACGCUGUAAGAGCCGUGAGUGCACGGACACCCCAGGACUUCCCUCCCCAAAGCUGUGACCAGGAACCCAUGCGGCUGCUUUGUCAGGACCUUCAGCCAUUUUCGGGUCCUGC